AUGUUUGACAACACGCUAAUCGAUGGCGAGAAUCAUUUUCGUCUUCUCAUCAUCAUUUCGAUGAAUCGCACCUAUGAGCAUGAGCUUUUUGACAAAGGCGCUGUUUUCAGGACGGAUAACGGGGCUGAGUACGAGAUCGUGCGCGUUUUGGCCCAUGGGCGCUUUGGUGAUGUCUAUCAGGUGAAGCCAAAUCACACUGGCACCACUGCAAUUCGCACAGAAGACCCGCGAACUCCCGCCGAUUCGGCUCAACUGGCGACUCUCGAAACCCUCUUUAAAGCGGUGAAAGAAGUAGAAGAACAUUGGAGAGAGCAUUUACCGAUUCUCCUUGGCAAAGGCGUCGAUCCACAACCGUUUCUCCUCGUCGAGGCUUUCGAAUCGCAUCUGGAUGUGGUGAUCUCGGAAAUGAUGAACGAAAAAGCCACCAUUGAUCAACUUAGAAAAACGACUUGCUACGUGGCCUUGCAAACUCUUCGCGCCAUUCAAGAGCUUCAUCGACUCAACUAUGUGCACAGAGACGUUCGCUUGUCAGCCUUCCGUGUGCGUCGAGAUGCUGCCUGGAAAAUCGUGCUCACCUCGUUCUCCUAUGUGAAGCUGAAAGCGCGUGGAGUGAACGGAAAGAUCCAGCUGUGUAAGAUCGCCCCUCGUCUCCGCACUUCGGCCCGAUCAACGAAACUCUGGAGUAUCGGCAUGGAAGAGGCCAGAGAUGUGUACACGCGAAACGAUGAUCUUGAAUCGUGGGCUUACAUGACGGGCGAUAUGUGGGGUGUGUCGGUGUCCGGUCUUCCUUGGGAACGAUUGAGCAAGAAAGAGGCGGUCCUUCAGAUGAAAAAGGAUCUCAUCUCGCUCGAUGACAGCGGUGAUUAUGUUGAGAAUCAAACGGUGAAAGAUUUUAACGACGUAAUGCCCCCGCAUCUCCUGCACAUCAUUCGAUAUCUUUCGAUCAUUGAAGGAUCCCUUGAUUACGAGUACCUGGUGCGUAUUUGGAUGGAUCGAGUGCCUGAGUCGGCUUCACUGGGCGAGUUCCCCGAGAAACCCGAUUGGGUGCAUGUGCAACUGCGUCCCGAGCCAAUCAUCCGGCCUAGUGCGGGUGAGAAAGAAAAAGAACGCCGCCGCCGCCAACGUCGCACAGAAGUCACCGAGGGAGAUUCGAUUCGCAAGAUUCGUCUCCGAUUGAUGAAGACGCAAGAAGAUAUCUCGGCUCAGGAGGAACCACCCCAUUUACCGGCUCGAGCACGCUUCAUGAGUCGCGAGGUGACCGUUGGAGAUCAGAUCCGCGACAGGAAACGAGAGACAAGUCGAGAGACGGAUCGUACAAAAAAGCAAGGUGCGACGACUCGGCUGAGUGUGAAACUCGACAGAACGAUGGCCACCCAAGAC